AUGCGCGUACCGCUGCCACGAGUAUCGCACGACACUUGUGUCAGUGAGCGCGUAGAAUUUUUGAGUCACAGAACAGCAGAUUCGUUUGCGCAUCGUCGUCUUCGUCUGUUUCUCUCCACUGUCACCCAUCGCCGUUCGCACCACAUCCACAACUCGAGCCUACCCGAUCUCAAACAUCCCAACAAACUACGUCGAACCAAAACAGAACUCAUAUCAUCACAUAUCGUCUUACUGCGCCAUCGAACAAGUUUCGCUUGUCGGGAGCUUUGCGUGUCUGGUGUCAAAAGGCCUCUGUCGUCAGACUCAGACUCUCCAGUAACCAAAAGGGUCAAGAAAGAAUCCUUUUGGGGUACGUCGAAACAACACGGGAGUGCAACUGACCAUCGUGUCUGCGUUGGCUGUGAUUCCACAACACGGCCAGAUCCAGAGUUUUGCGACCCACCAACCAAUCACCUUACGCUUCGGAGUUCUCGCAAUGGACUAGAGGACACGGGCGAGGAACUGGAUGUCAAGUAUGAACUUUCGUUUCUGGAUGCGCAGUACGAAGCCAGGCUCGCCGGAAAGAACGCGGAACAGAGCAAAGAAGACCAGGAGCUCCAUCGACACAAUACGUCUAAUCAAACGUAUCUCAACAACACGACGUCGCCAUCGCCACUGCUGACAUCUGCCGCAUUCAACACAUCGCCGGCCCGGGUCCCCACAUCACCUCGUUACUCACCAUUGCCUACACAACGAAAGCAGUCACUACUCUGCUUCCAUGCAUCGCCUACGCGGUACGAAGCAUCCCCACCGCCAUCAAGUCCUUCGCCAUCAAGACCAUCACCGUCGAAUCUACCAUUACCUUCCAACCACACUUUCGAAUCAGCAUACGAACAGUUCGACCGCCGCAACAUCUUAAGACUGCCACCAUCACCACCACGCUUGGGGCCAUUGUCGUCGCCCUGCAUCUCAUCACCAGCACCAAUGUUCUUCCCACAACUAAGCCCACGCAACGACACUCUAAGAGCGUCGCAUACACAAGAGGUUCGAGAUAUUCUACGAGGCAACGAGCUCGGCGAUCUCACCAACAUCGUGCCGGCUCCUAACGACGACGUUUUCAACAACACGUCGUCACUAAGGAUCCAGCCGUCUCGACUGACCAAGAGAAAACACGAUACGUAUCUUCCGUUCCACGUGAAGAAUCCCGCCAAGGGUGUGGUUUCGAAGUGGAUCGUCGUAGCUUUGGAAGAGCACAAGGAGCUGAUUGGAUAUCCCUGUGAGGAUUUCAAAUUCCGCACCGAAGAUGACAGUGUCCUUGGUUCUUGGGAUAGGUAUGGCAAUAUCAGAGAUUUGGAACGUAACAUUGUACAUUGA